UCUACUAAGAAGGCACGUGCUGCUGGUGGUUGUUCUUGCUUCCAAUGCUGUGAGUUGAAACAGAUUCAUGCGGAGACAGAGAAGGCGGAGCGCUUGGUGGUCGGGUUAAAAGGUCGCAGCAUACUGGCAUACUGGGACGGGGCUCGGGUUCAUCAAGAUCACCAAGAGUCCCAUGAGUUACAUUUUGGUGUUGAGGAAGACCCAAGCUCAGCAACUACGACCUUGCAAGCCUCAUGCUAAAUUUUCUUCGCCCUGGAGGCUGCCUUUGAGAUGUUCGGUGGUGUUCUUUAGACGGUAUUCCUGUUGAUGGUGACCUUUGCAAUCAUUUGUAUAACCGUGAAUGACUGCAAAUUGGAUCCUGUGACAGCUCCACGCAGAUGUGAAAGGAAGAAAAUGCAUGAAAAUGCUUGUUUUCGCCGUGUUUCUCAGGCCUGUAUCAUCGUGGAGUCCUCCACAGGUCCUGAUGCCACAUUUGUGCCUCACAACUCAACCCACUCAGCACGGGCUCAAGAUAAGCGAAGACCAGGCAGAUCCAGAAAGUUCAGAGGGAUCACCAUGGCUCAUGGAAGAAUCACCAUGACUCACGGAAAGCCGUCUUUUCGAGGUCCAUUGUUGAGCGUCCUUCUCAUGCUGUUCUUGGCUUAUUUGGAGAUCACCUUCAGCUUGCCUUUGGGGUCACAGACUCGACUGGAGCACGAGACACCGGAGACUCCCAGCGCGACUCCCAGCCCGAGCAGCACUUGCCGGAGCCUUCGUUUGGGCAUGAUUGCCGCGACGGUUGGAGGGAUCCCAUGGGCAUCCUGGGCGCAAAGUGUGCAAUACAAUGCGCAGUUGGGAGGUGAUCUCAGUGAAGCACAAAAGAAGAAGAUCAAAGAAUAUUUAUCCAAGCAGUCAGCAGCACAAGGGGCUCCUGCCGUAAUAGGUGAUCAUACGAUGAAAGUAUAUGUGCCUCCGACAUCUGAAGAGCUCACCGUGGGCUCCAAUGCCUUCAAGGCACGUGUGGCUCAGGUUCGGCCAAUUCUGGGGGACCGCUUGAUUGAGGUGCCCCAAGCAGUUGAGAUGAUCAAGAAGGGGGCGGCCUUUGUCGAUGUCCGGACGCGGGAACAAAUCCAGAGCCAGACCAAUGGGCAGAUUCCUGCUGAUGCUACAGUGAUCCCCUUUGAUGACUGGGUUGGUGGGAUUCCACCAGUCUUUCGAGGGAAGAAGAUCAUUUUGACUUGUUGGAAGGGAAACAAGAGCACCUUGGCCUGGGAAUCUUUGCGUUCUCAAUUCGCAGAUGCUUAUGUGCUGAAAGGUGGGUUCAAUGCUUGGGAAGCUGAUGGACUUCCCAUCAAAACGAUUUGAACUGCCUAGGCAACAUGCUUUAGUACAGCUUUGGCCCCAUGAGCCAGUUGCCUUUUUCCAACUUGUUUGGAGAAAGAGGCACCUUUUUCCAGCGUGACUGGAGAAAAGGAAAUGAACGGACCCAGAUCCUUCA